GUGGGCCCCGCCCCGGAAACACGAAAGAGCCGAAUUAAGCUCCCCACUCCUCUUUCCUCUCCCCUCUCCCUCCUCGUCGCCGGAUCCCAAUCGGACCUCAAUUGGAUCUCACCCGGUCGGAUCCGAUACCACCAACCCGGUCCCUACCCGGAUCCGCCACCUCCUCUCCCAAUGGAGGACUUCCCCGGCCUCUUGGCUCGGGACUUCGGGUUCCGCCCGCAGGGCAAAUCCGCGCCCAUGAAAUCCUCGUCCUCCUCCUCUCUCGGAUCCGGAUCCGCCUCCGCCCGACCCAAUAACCACCCAGUCUCCUCCUUCGACGACGUCUUCGGUGGGCCCCCCAAGCGCCCUAUCAAGAACCAACCCCCAUCAUUUGACUCCUUCUUCGACGACCCUAAACCUAACCCUAACCCUAAACCGAAGUACAGCUCGAUGCCGGUGUACGACGAUGAUAUCUUCGACGGGGCGCCGGGGAUCAAGAGCUCGCCGGCGGUUAAGGUGGAGUACGAGGAUGUUUUCGCAUCGUUAUCGAAGGGGGGACGCGCAGAUAAAGGCGGGGAGUAUGAUGAUUUGCUGGGGAAUUUAGGGAGCUCGGGGUCGAAGAAAGAGGCGAAGAGGUCGGAGGAUUUGGGCAGGUUCGAGGAGUUGAUUUCUGGGUUUGGAGGGAGUAGCCCAUCAAGUCGAAGAGAUCAUCCUGAGACCAACCGACAAAAAUCGGAUGAUCCGUCCAAUAAAGCAACUGCCUCUGUUCCAGAAGAUCCCUUUGCAGUUCUGGAAACAACUUCUGGCUCAGCGCAUCCUUCAUCAGGGAUGUCUACCAACCCUUUAGAAAACCUUGGCAGGCCUAUGAACUCUGGAAGUGCGACUGGUGAUGCAUCUCCUCUAAGUGGGGGGGUAUUUGAUGAUAUUGAUGCUUUUGAUGGGCUUGGAAAAUCUGUGCCUGCAUCGACAUCUGAGAAAAAUGAAGGUCGGAAGGACAUGAGUCCCCUAAAGUCUGGUCCAAAUAUAACUCAGGAAAGAUCCUUUGUGGAGACCUUUGACAAUGAUAUACCUAAGACACAGUCCAGGAACCCCUUUGAUUCUAGAAGUAAUCCCGAAAAUCUGAAAUCAAAUGGCAGUCCUGAACAUUUGGAAACAGUUGAUGAUGUGUGGCUUACUGUUUCUGAAAUUCCUCUAUUUACACAACCUACAAGGGCUCCACCACCUUCGAGACCGCCUCCACCAGUUGUCAUUAAAUCAGUACCAUAUGGAAGGACUGGUCCUAGAAGAAAGGAUUACGAGUCAUAUUCAAAGUCCAGUCGUGGUUUCUCAUAUCCUAAAGGUUCAGUGAGGAGACCUGGUGCGACCGGUAUAGAUGAACUUGAAGAUUUUGCCUUGAACAAGCCUCAGGCCAAUCAAUGUGCUGCUACUUUUUCGAGUGAACAUGACAACGAGACCAAUUCAGCUGCAGCAGCUUCUGCAGCUGCUAUGAAGGAGGCCAUGGAUAUGGCUGAGGCAAAAUUUAAGCAUGCUAAGGAGGUAAGAGAAAGAGAUGCAAGAUCUUCUAGGAGUAGAGAAUUUGCACAAGAAAGAGAUGAAGAAGCAACACCAGACAUACAAGAUACGGGAGAUAAAGAGAGAGGAGAAAAUUUAGANAAACUUCAAAAGGAAAGAGAACUUGAGAGGGAAAGAAAUAGACAAGCUGUAGAGAGGGCUACUAGAGAGGCACGUGAUAGAGCAGCAGCUGAGGCUCGCGCAAGAGCUGAAAGAGCAGCUGUCAAUAAAGUAAAUGCUGAAGCACGCCAACGUGCAGAGAAAGCUGCAUUUCAGAGAGCAGCGGCAGAGGCACGUGACAGAGCUUCUGAAAGAGCAGCUGCAGAAGCAAGGGAAAAGGCUGCGAGGGAGAGAGCUGCAGCAGAAUCUCGUCUUAGAGCUGAAAGGGUUGCGAUUGACAGAGCUCAUGCUGAAGCACGAGAAAGGGCUGCUGCUGCAGCUAGAGAGAAACAGUACAAAACUGAAAAUGAUCUCGAGUCCUUCUUUGGUCUGGGUGGUCAUCCCAAUAGCACACCAAAACAAAGGGCUACAACCUCGGAAAAUAUUUUUGACACCAGACCUUCAAGCAGAGGCAGUGCUGAUGGCACAAGGCGAACGUCUCCUGCUUCUUCAUCUGGCCUUAGAAAAGCAUCUUCUGCGACAAAUAUUGUGGACGAUCUUUCUUCCAUUUUUGGGGGUGUGCCAUCAUCUGGUGGAGAAUUUCAAGAAAUUGAAGGAGAGAGUGAAGAAAGGAGAAGAGCCCGACUUGAAAGGCACGAAAGGACACUUGCGCGAGCGGCACAAGCUCUUGCUGAGAAGAACGAGCGAGAUAUGCAAACACAAAGGGAGCAAGCAGAAAGAGAUAGAAUUGGUGAAACUCUGGAUAUUGAGAUAAAACGAUGGGCAGCUGGGAAAGAAGGCAAUUUGCGAGCUUUGCUAUCGACGUUGCAAUAUGUACUUUGGCCUGAGUGUGGGUGGCAAGCUGUCUCAUUGACGGAUUUAAUUACUGCUGCUGCUGUGAAAAAGGUUUAUAGGAAAGCCACCUUGUGUAUCCAUCCUGAUAAAGUGCAACAGAAGGGUGCAAAUCUUCAGCAAAAAUAUAUCGCGGAGAAGGUGUUUGACCUUCUUAAGGAAGCUUGGAAUAAAUUCAAUUCUGAAGAGCUAUUUUGACAAAGUGUUCAGGUACACUGGAUUCUUUGAUUUGCAUGGCUGUCAUGGGGCCGAAAAUUGUAGUUAGUAGUAGCAGCAAAGCUUUGUUAUUAUAAUUAUUAUUGAUAUUAAUAUUCUUUUUUUCGAUUUUUGUGUUUCGUGUAUAUGUCAAUUAAUUUUAUGAUGCUUUUUUGACCCCAAGUUGCUCUUGAAAGAAGAUUUUUUUUGUGUACGACUGUUUGUAAAUUUGUUUCACCUUCAGUUGGUGUUCAUGUCUCCAGGCUCUCCUUUGUUAUUGAAAUUCACCCACGUGUAUUUUUUUACUUUUUUGUUCGUUGCUUGGGACUAUGAAGUUAUUGAGGUCCUAUGCAACUGUAUUUUUUUUAUUUAUUUUGUAUUUCCCCCCCUCUGAUUCA